UUGCAUUGGAAAAAAGUAAUAAUUGUAGUAAUGGAAUAAUUGAGUAAUUGUAAUAAUUGAGGAAUUGAAUUCUCAUACAGUUAUGUUUACGAAAAGACUCGUUUUGUUUGCUCUGGUGUUAUCCUCGACGGGAGUGUCGUCGGAAUCACACCUGUCGAAAUGUUGUCCGCCAGGAAAGAUCUUCUCAGAACAUUCCAUCUUGGAGUGCGUUUCAGUGCCGAAGAACGCAAAAGAACUUCACCAUUGGAACAUUACUGCGGCAUUCCAAGGAGUUCCUCAGUGCGACGAACUUGAGAAUCUUGUAAUAACACCACUCAAUGUUCUCGAUUCUGACAAAUUUUUGGAGGUACCAACUUGCCUCGAAAUAUAUCACAAGCAAACAACUGGGGAAAGCAUUAUAAUAGUCGUUCAUUGUUUAUCGAAUAAAGACCGACAAUCAAAAGCGAUUAAUGCAUCUCUUCCGCAAGUUGCAUACGUCAGAAAAUGUUGCCCUUACGAUACCAUAUAUGACAGCCACAGGAAAGCUUGCGUGUCUCCGUUAAAGAAAUCAGAGAGCUUCGUAACAUUUUUGUUAAACAAAGCAACUGAUACAGAUGUCGUGAUAACUACUGAAGGGCCACCCACGUGCAAAGGACCAAUCGUCGAUUAUGAAAUCAACGAAAAUGAUAUCUUUUUGCGGAACAAUCCAAAUUCGAGCAAGGUGAUGGUUCCAGCAUUUAAAAAUGCUACCAUCAAAGAGGAACUCUUGCUUACCGAGGAUACAGCUUGCCUCGAGAUGACGCCGAAUUCCGUUUUUAAUCGAACAUUGGCAGUGCGGAUCUGCAGAGAUUCAGAAUUUUGCGAUCGAAAUGUCUGCAUAAGAAAGUGCUGCGCCGAAAAUGAGUUUUUGUAUGCAGGAAGAUGUAAUAAAACUGUUACACCCGAUCAGCCGAUAGAGUUUUCCCAGGCUUUAGCGAAUGCAAUGAGUCAAACGAAAUCGUCCACUUUUGACACGGCCAAAGAUUAUGGAAUUGUGGUUGGAAAUCCAUGCAAAAACGAAGCGUAUGCCAUGGAUUCAAAAAAACAGGAAUGGUUGCUAACAUCAGAAGGAUAUGUUUUUUUCGAUAAUGACAUCUAUAACGAGAGUAAUUACUGCAUGGAUGUCUAUUAUAAUGUAACAUUUGAUUAUAACUUUUAUUUGUUUAUGUGCUUCAUCCCACCAAUAGAUGAAUUGCCAGUAAGUACCCAGGUGAUUCUCUCCCUGCAACUUGCUAAUUGCAUUUUUCUGCUGAUGACUCUGUUGAUAUACACGUGCCUACCGAGUUUACAAAAUGUUCACGGUAAAACGCUCAUGUGCCAUGUGGGUAGCUUCUCCAUGACUUAUGCUUGUGCACUUGUCUACAACUUGAGCAUAUACUUUAAACUGAUAGAGCAGCAACAUAUCGCAAUGACAAGCACAGUAUUAGGCUACGUCGUGUUGUUCAAUUAUCUAUCAGCGUAUACCUGGCUUAACGUCAUGUGCUUUGACAUAUGGUGGACAUUCGGAGUUUUACGCGAAAGUACUAUUCCUAAAGCACACAAGCAUAGAAAAAGAUUCCGGUUAUACUGUGCAUAUGCAUGGGGCCUUUCCCUCGUGGUAACAAUCUUGACUAUCAUUGCCGACCGCACGGAUAUUCUGCCGUACUAUUUGCAGCCUGGUAUUGGCAUUAGAAAGUGUUGGUUUAUACAAUUAGAUGUUAAAAAAGAUGAGAAUUCGUAUGGUGAAUUAGUUUUCUUCACCGGACCAGUAUUGAUUCUACUGCUAUCCAAUGUCAGAUUCUUUAUUCUGACAUUGUCGUAUUGCAAUAAAGUAAAAGCAGAGAUUAAAAAAAUGACUAUGGACCCUGAGGAUCCAAAAAGCAAACGAUACCAUUCCGAUAAGAAGAAAUUUCUCAUGAACGUCAAGUUAUUUAUCGUUAUGGGAAUAUCAUGGAAUAACGAGGUGGUGUCGUGUUUUCUAGUAAAAUGUUUAAAGUACGAAUACUGGAACUACGUGUUUUUCACGAAUGAAAGCGUUAAUUGCCUCCAAGGCAUACUUGUCUUCACUUUUCUCAUCUUGAAGAAUCGCGUUUACCGAGAGCUCCGUAGGCGAUUAGGUCUGGAUACCAAGAAAAAACCGAUUCCGAUAUGUAAUGCCACUAUAACUUUGGAUGGAGAAGAAAUCAAGAAAAAUGCGAGUAACGAUACAUUAAUGACUACGUUACCGAAUUCAACGCUAUAAGACAACUGAGACGUUAUGAAAUAACUAACUGCUUAACAUAAAUAACUUAAGGGCCAACAGAUUUUAAAUCGAAGUAUACAAUCGAAGUAUACAAUGUACGCGGAUCACAGUAUGCUUUAUUUAAGACUUGAUAUAUUUACGUGAUAUGAAUCGAAACGCGACUAACUUGCUUUCUAUUGGACAAAAUAAAUAUAUAAUUAGAUAUUUUUAUAAAUAGUAAUUAGAAAGGAGUAUGACUAUGAAAGAUGUCGCGAGAGCUGUGUCCAUAUUUGAAAUCAAUUUUCAAGGUUUGAUGGCCUUAUUGUCAAAACACUAGUAGAUCCUGAAAUUGCAAUAAUAAUACAACAUAUGCAAAAC